AUGCAUAAGAGAACCUUCUCUCAAUCCAAUCUCUUAUUCAUCAACGACACCGAAGGCGAUUCUUCUUCCAUUGGCAGUAUACAAUUUAAUUAUCAUCAUCACCAUCACCUAAAUAAUAAUAAUAACAAUACCCAUAUCAACAACAACAGCAACGGUAUCACAAUUCACACAAGUGAUAAUAAUCAUCUCAACAACAAUAAUUCUUCUUCCUCAAACUCUCAAUUUUCUUCAUAUAUUGGCAACGGAAAUAUAAACCGACCUACUUCACCUCCGUUUUUUCUUUCCUCCUCAGCAUUAUCCUCGGAUUCAAAUCAUCAUCACAACCACACAAGUAUUCAACAAUUUUCAUCGGCAUCUGCUCUUUUCAGUACUCCGCUCUCUUCAACAACUCCUUCUUCCUCCUUCUUUCAACCUAUUAAAAACAUGUUAGAUAUUGAAAGCCAGGGAAAUACCUCUCCCAACUCGUCGUCGACAAAUAACAAGGGCAAUGUUCCAUUCAUGACUCUUCUCCAAACUCAACUGGUGAAAAACAAACGAAUUUUGUAUCCGCUCUUUAUCGGUAUUGCAUUAAUUGCUAUCGGAUUGAGCGUUGUGUUGCUGGUGUCUUCAGGUAAAAGUUCAUCAUCGUCUCUUGAAGCAAGUAUUCUUCCAACACACAACAAUGCACACAUUGACGCAUCUGUCCUACUGAAAGGCAAAUCGGUUUCACCCCAAAGCUCUCGAACGGAGUUUCCAAUUCUUCUAGUGGCUGAUCGAGACAAGGCAAGUAAAGUGAAUGAUGAAAAAAAGGGAACUUUGUGGAAGAGCGUUCUUGUGAGAGGUCUUUUGAAGAGAAAUGAGCAAACAGGAGAGUAUUCUCUUUCAGUGAACGGUAAGCCAAUGGAAAUUGUUGGUCAACUCGUUGAAGGUAGUAGAGGAAUGGAAUUGUCAGAAUUGAAAAUGUAUAAUGGAAAAUUGUACUCUGCAGAUGAUCGUACAGGAAUUGUUUAUCAGAUAAUGGUCACUAGUAGUGGCAAUAAUGGUGAUAUUCAAGUGAAGGCCAUUCCUCGUCAUAUUCUUCCCGAUGGAAAUGGAGAAACAACAAGCAAGGGCUUCAAGUGUGAAUGGGCCACUGUGAAAGACAACAAACUAUACAUUGGAAGUAUUGGAAAAGAGUGGACAACAGGAGACGGAGUCGUUCUUAACCAUGAUCCAAUGUAUGUCAAAACUAUUGAUGCAAAUGGAAAAGUGGAGCAUGUGGAUUGGAUUAAGAACUAUAAAGCUCUUCUCAGAGCAGUUGGAAUUAAGGAUAAAGGAUACAUGGUUCAUGAGGCUGCCGAAUGGAGCGAAUUCCAUAAGAGAUGGUUUUUCCUACCUCGAAGAGUAUCUUUUGAGAGCUACGACGAAAAGAAGGAUGAGCAACGUGGCUCAAAUUACGUCAUUUCAGCCUCUGAAGAUUUUUCGCAUAUUGAGUUUGCUCGUAUUGGGGAUAUUAUUUCUCCAGCUAGAGGUUUUUCGAGUGUCAAGUUCAUUCCAGGAAGACCUACUGAAAUGAUAGCUGUCAAAUCCGAGGAAACUGACGAAGCCAUCAGAAGUUAUUUGAUGGUAUUUGAUAUUUCGACAGGAAAAGUUUUGAUGCCUGAAACUCUCAUUAUUGAUGAAAAGAUUGAAGGAAUGGAGAUUGCUUAG